AUGAUGAGUGAGCACGGAUGCGCGUGCUUUUUAUCAAAUAGAUUCGCAAACCAUCUCCUGCUUUUGAUCAAAGUCAUCGCGCUCUUCAACGCAGAUCAAUACGACAAGGCAAACCUGCUCCUCAAAGAACUUACUACCGGAUGUCCGAAUGCUGAUAACUCGCGUAUAUCAUAUCGUGGAGGUAACGAUAAUGCAUAUCUACGCAUUCAGCUCGGACUCAAAGCCUUGUACAGCACACGUCACGACGAAGCCGCUGAGUAUUUCACUGCUGCUCUCAACUCCAGCGCUUUGCCAUCGAAAUCUGGUGUUCAUGACAUUUACGAUUUGGUGGUGAAACGGUGUGAUGCACUCCUUCAGGCAGAUAAACUUCUAGAUGCCAUCGAAUCAUACCGAUUCUUGAUGGACGAUAUCGACGAAAAAGCGAAGGCCAGCUGCCUUGAAUGGUCUAACGGCAAGUCUAGAGUUCCUUUCACAAAAAAAUGCAGCGCGCUAGUUCUUACCAGGGGAGAUGCUGCCCUCGCUGCAAGCGAUUUUAAAAGGGCCAUUGACCUCUACUCUGCAGCGAUUGACCUAACUCCUCCAUCUGACGCUGUCUUUGCAAAGCGUAGUCAGGCAAAGUUGGGGAAAAUGAUGUGGAUGGAAACACGUCUCGAUGUGCAGAAGGUCAUCCGACUCAAUCCUUCAUCUCAUAAUGGGUACAAGUUGAAACUCGCAGCGUUUCAUGGCGCCCAACGCUACGAUGAAGCUAUUACGGCCUUUAAAAUGAUGCUCUCAAAAUUGGAUGAUGUUCCUGACGCUGAGAAGCUACCAAUGGCUAGGCAGCUGGACCCGACUGCAGUUUGUUCAUACCCGCAUCGAGUACAAUUGAAAAGCCUGGCUCCGACGAUCAAUUAUCUUCCAAUGAUGGAGUAG